GGGCCAGCACCAGACGCUGGCAACAGGUCUGACUACAGCCACAUAUCCUCCACCAGCAGUGAGCUCUCCGUGGAGGAGCCACAGGAUCCUUUCCUGGUUAGCAUCCACAUAAUCGCAGACCCAGGGGAAUCCCAGCCCCUGCAGGAGGCCAUCGACCGGGUCUUGGCUUGGAUCCACCCGGACCUGCAGCUGUUCCGCGUCUCCGAAAGGAGGGCUUCCCGGCGGCGGAGGAAGGCCCCGAAGGCGAAGGCGGCGCAGCCCGCCCUCGCGGUGGUUCUCUUCCUGCAGGAGGGGUACGGCGACGAGCCCAUCCUGCUCCUGCCCUACCUGCCCUGCAGCCAGGACUUCUUCAUGCUGGCGCCCGGGACUCCGCUGUGGGCCAUCCGGCCCGUGCACUACGGCAGGGAGAUCGUGCGCUUCACCAUCUACUGCCGCCAUGACAACUACGCCGACAUCCUCAAGUUCUAUGAGCUGAUCCUCCGGCGGAGCCCCAGCCAAAGGAAGACCGACUUCUGCAUCUUCCCCGUUUUCUCCAGCCUGGAUGUGGACAUCCAGUUCUCCCUCAAGAGGCUGCCCUGUGACCAGAACCCCGUCCCCACCGAUAACUCGGUGCUGGAGUUCCGAGUCAAGGACAUCGGCGAGCUCGUGCCCCUCUUGCCCAACCCCUGCAGCCCCAUCAGUGAGGGGCGUUGGCAGACGGAGGACCACGACGGGAACAAGGUCCUUCUGCAGGCACAAAGGGUGCACAAGAAGUUUCCUAAACCCAACAGAGCUCACCACUCCUCGGAGCAGAAACCUCACUCCAGGCCUUCCCCGAGCUGCACCACACCGAGCCGUCCUCCUGGCAGCGGACAGCAACCCCUACUGGACAGUCCACGCCUGGGGCCCAGCCAGACGAUCCUGCUAGCUGGGCACCAGCAGGAAUUUACCACACGAGCCAGCAGCACUCCCGGCCUUCCCUGGUCUUUCCAGAGAAGCAAGUCCUUGUUUUGUUUGCCCACAGAAGACCCCGACCCAGCCUCCUCGGCUGUACCACAGUGUUUUUCAAACACAGGUGCCCCAGGGCACCGGGCAUCGGAGUGGAGACACGGCCACCUCCUCUCCAUUGAUGACUUAGAGGGGUCCCAGGAGACAGAUGUGGACACGGGCCUGCGGCUGUCCUCCUCGGACCUGUCCGUGGUCUCUGCGUAUUCCGCACCCAGUAGAUUCUUUAGCGCCUUGGAAACACCCCUCCCCUCCGAACGCUGUGGCAGCCACUGCUCCAAGCACAAAGGUUCCCGAGAAGGACCACUACCCACUGGGAGUGGGGUGACCACGGAGACCUCCUGGGCUUCCCUCCCUCUCUUCACUGAAGGGCCUUCCAGCUCCUUGGCAACGGCGGUUGCUGCUCCCCCCGCUUCUGGUGCCGCCACCCUCACGGGGCCAUCCUCCAAGCUCCCUGGCGAUGCUCCCAACACCGAGCAGACUGGCAGACACAUCACACCAUCCCCAGCACUGGCCGGACCCGGGGACAGUGACUCAGAGGAAUUCUAUAUCUGAGCACCCUCUACUCUGUUGUUUUCAUUCACACAAGCUCAGCUUCCCCAGGUCUGUCUGGAACCUAGUUAUCUAUCCCAGCCCCCGUCCGCCAUGCCACCCAUUCUAGGGACUAGGUGGGAAAAUACUGGCAUUUUUAUGCCAAUAACUUAAGUCAUAAAAUAUAUUUUUUGAAUUACUCAGUUCCAUUUGAGAUAUGGUUUAGUGCAUUUACACACUUUAAAUGCUUCAUACAAUUACUUGAAAUGAAAAAAAAGCCUAGUCAGCCAGAGCUGAUUUGGCCAUUUUUCAUGCUGUGAAGAAAGAACAAUUAAAGCCAAAACGUUGACUGUAGGAAAGAUACUGAGUGACUUGUGUGAGAAAUUAGUGCACAGUAACAAUGUACAACCCUGGAUUUCCCAGAUAGAUUUAUAUUACCAGGGAGCAGUGACCCUAAUAAUUUCCAAGUAGUGCUUAGAAUGAAAAAGUCAGCUUGAUAAGACAGCUGUAAACAUCAAUCAGGCUACAGUCAUACCACACUUAAAUGUCUUGCAACAUCCAAAAAUCUGGACUUUCACUAAAGUGGCUAAUAAGCUUUAUAAGGAUUUAGCAUGAGUAGCAGACUCUUGGUGCAUUUAAAAUCUGAUUUCAGUUCCAAAAUCUAGAUUUGUAUUCACCUUUCGACAAUACUAGCACAUUCACUGUAGCAAGUGAGGGCCACAGAAGGCCACUCCCGCACCUGGAUUUAUUUGGACCACUGAGGAUGAAUCGUCCAUUGGAAUUACAGAAUAAUAGGAUGUUGACUGGGUAGGCAGUCUUAGGAUUUUUCAGUUUUAAAACCUGCAGUCUAAGGGCUGUCUAUGUAUAUACCUAUAUAAAUGGCAGGACCCACAUUGUAUACCACUUUCUCUAGCAAGUAUGCAUUGUCACCUUGUCUUUUCAUCUUUAAAUAACUUGUAACAUUUUAACCAGCAUUUGGGUUGCACACUAGGAAGCUUUCCACGCAGUGCUGGCCUUGCAGGAGUGCCAGGCGCCUUAAUUGAAGCUGGAGCUUUCCCCUGACCUUGGCCCUUCCAGACUGUUGUCUGCUUCUGUCACCAUGUGAAUGGUAUUAAAAUCUCACCUCUCUCCCACUCCAAUAAGGGCACAUGUACAGUGCCAGCCUCAGCAAUGCCAAGUGCAGGCGUGGGGCAAUGCCGAGCUGUCGCUGGUUGCCGUUUACCUUUGGGGAAGAAGAGCAUGUAUUUUCCUUGUUUCUUUCUCAGUCUGGUGCUCCUUGCCUACAUUAGCACAGCCCAUUUUCACCUCUCUGGAAGCGCCCACACCAGUCCAGACACAGCCUUGGGAUCCUUCUCCACACAGCCUUCCAGGCAGCUGUGGCCAGUCCUCAGACUUGCACUGAAGCCUCGAUCCUUGCCAUCCCUGUCAAUGAAAGCCUUAGAUCUUCCCCCAAACAUCCUGGAUAUCCCAGGACUCCAAUAUACAACAUUCUGCUCCAGCUUAAGUAAAUAAAAAUAUGGUCUCAUAAUUCUAGACCAGGAGCGAGCAAAGUUUUUCUGGAAAGGGCUAGAUAAUAAAUACAGUAAGCUGUGCUAGACAAAUGCUCUCUAUUAUAACUACUCAACUCUGCCAUUAUAGCUUGAAAGCAGCCAUGGACAAUAUGUCAAUGAGUGGGCGUGGCUGAGUUUCAAUAAAACUUUAUUUCCAAGAACAGGUGGAGGGUCAGAUUUGGCUCAAGAGUUAUAGUUUGCCAAUCCUUGUGCUAGACUGAGGUUGAUUUAAGACCCCAGCCACAGUCAACAGCAAGAAUCUAGGUCUGCAGUCUUCUGCUGCUGUGGUGCAUGAGGCCAAGAAAGCGGGCUCCUCGGGUCACGCGGAUGGCUGCAGGACCACAGGGCGCAGAGUAGUGAGGGGCUUUUUCUGCAGAGAUGACUCCUAGAAAGCCACGAGCUGUCCAGCUCCUGCCCAGGACUGUGACUCACAAUCAGUAGCUGAUGAUGAAGAGCGACAGGCUAACCUUAGGGAGGAGGAGAAAAAUAACUUAGAGAUGUUGACUCAGCCUACAAGGAACAGUGGGCCAGCUCAGGAGUAGCAAAAAUCAAUGAGGCCAACUGCCAAGUGCUGUCUCCUCCUGUCUUCAUCCUUAAUUGGUACCCUUAGUUUAGUGCAUUUGCAUGCAUCCCUAGAAUUGCCUGAGAGCCCAACUCUGAUGCUCUCUGGUCCCACCCUUCUUCAGUGACCCACCCUCAGCACAGUCCAUUCAACCAGCUGACCCCAAGGGAUGUCAGCAGCACCGUUCAAGAGCAGAAAAUGCAAGGUGCCCCCAUAACAGAGAGAAGGAAAGGGAAGCCCACCACAGACCACAUUCAGGCCGCCCUCCCGCUCCCCUCCAGAGCUAUGGUCAGAAACGGCAGUCACUGUGUGGAGAAGGAGACACAGAGACUCUACUGACAGAGCCCUCGCUUCCAUUUCUGGUCAUACACUAACCUUUCCUCACCCGGGGGGUUCCUGACACCCACUGGUGGAUCCGACUCUUGGAUUAUUAUUGUUGUGAUAGAUGCUGGCAUAUUGUAGGUGCUCAAUAAAUUUGUUCAUUUUAAUAACA